GUACCACAUCUGCGUGACUGUGCUGAUCUACUUCCUCCCCUUGCUGGUGAUCGGCUAUGCGUACACCGUGGUGGGAAUCACUCUGUGGGCCAGCGAGAUCCCUGGGGACUCCUCGGACCGCUACCACGAGCAGGUCUCUGCCAAGCGCAAGGUGGUCAAGAUGAUGAUCGUCGUGGUGUGUACCUUUGCCAUCUGCUGGCUGCCCUUCCACAUCUUCUUCCUCCUGCCCUACAUCAACCCUGAUCUCUACCUGGAGAAGUUCAUUCAGCAGGUCUACCUGGCCAUCAUGUGGCUGGCCAUGAGCUCCACCAUGUACAACCCCAUCAUCUACUGCUGCCUCAACGACAGGUUCCGUCUGGGCUUCAAGCAUGCCUUCCGGUGCUGCCCCUUUAUCAGCGCCGGCGACUACGAGGGGCUCGAAAUGAAAUCCACCCGUUACCUCCAAACCCAGGGCAGCGUGUAUAAGGUCAGCCGCCUGGAGACCACCGUCUCCACAGUGGUGGGGGCCCACGAGGAGGAGCUAGAGGAUGGUCCCAAGACCAUACCCUCGGCCCUGGACCUGACCUCCAAUGGCUCCUCUCGCAGCGACUCCAAGACCGUGACAGAGAGCUUCAGCUUCUACUCCAACAUGCUCUCCUAGACCACAGGUCCUCAGCGGGAGCGGCCACCACCAUCUGUGUCUUGCUUCACUCCAUGCAUGGAUAAUGCCUUGAUCUAGAAACCAUCAGAAACACCCUCACAUUGGGGCUUGUGAGGAAAAAAAAAAAAACAAAACCCUGGAUUCUUCUGUGACUUUGUCAUCCCCCAUGCUGUGUGACCCAAGGCAAAUCAUUGAAUUUCUCUGAGCUUGUAAAAUGGCAAGGUUGGACUUGAUUUUCCCUGCAAUCCAUGCCAUAAUUCUAAAAUUAACUUUGGUUUAUGUGGGGGCUCAUUCCAGGAGGAAUCCUGUAGCACCUGGAUUUGCCUGGAGCCCCUGUCUUACUUCAGUGAAGCUGUCCUCAGUCAUGUGCAGAUUACCCUCCUUUAGCCAGUCUUUACAUCAACCUCACAUCAACCUUCACUCGACAGGGUGAACAAAAGAAGGAACUACGUAAAAUCUGAAGGAAAGAUUUAACUCCGUCUUCUAAGCAUCUGUGAAAAGGAGGCAUGGAUGCCUUCCUUUAGGCACCUCAAUAUUUCAGUGCACUGAAACAUCCUGAGAUUGAGAACCUCAUGUUCAUCUGCAUUCUGUCCCUAGGGACGGUCCUGAGCGACCAGUGUGGCAGAACAUGUCCGCUGAUGCAAGCUAAUGUCAGCUACACACCAAGAAUCGGGAGGCCUGCGCCAUACUUAAUCUAUCUGAGCUUCUUUCCUUAUCUGUAAAACCAUGGAUGAGAUAACCUAAGUAUCCCUUUUAACAUUCAAUGGUUCAAGAAUUGUAUGAGUUUUUGGUUUGUUUCACCAAAAACUGGUGGUCUCAAAAGGACUAGGAAUAGCAAGGCCAGUGACUUGAUAUCCAGUUCCUGGAGAGUAGCAACUCCUAAAACGUGUCAAUAUCCAUAUCAAACAUUCUCUGGUUUAUCCUAAAACCAUGCGUACUCUCCUUCUUCCAGAACAUUUUGGUCUUUGACAGAGCAGAGGACUUCAUGUCAAAGCCUGCCUCUCUCCAAUCAGAUGUUAACAGGCCAAGUCCCACAGCUGGAGAUGCCAUCAGGGAGGAUAAACACAUGGACUCCCUGCCCUGGCCUUGUGAGGUAUCUUAGGGCAGGGACACUAAUGCAGUCUUAGCUUUCUACCAGCAUAAGGCAUGUGCUCAGAUACCCAACGAACGAGGAGGCUUCCCCCUGCAGCCCCACUGUGGGAAGAGGCCACCUUGUAUCUUCCCUUCUGAUUCUCUGAAUCUUCCCUUGCUGCCCCCAUGGCUUUACUGGCCAGCUGUCUAUAAGGGCUGGGAUGUCCCACCCACCCCACAGGAGUCAGUCUACCAAGAGCCAUGAAUUUAAUCCUGCCUGUCCCACUAGAGCUUUGAGGUGUCCAGCAGGUGAGCAUGCAGUAUCUUUCUGUCUCCCAGAUUUGUGCUUUGUCCAGAUGUGGCUGAAAGCAGAAGUCUCAAGUACCAUCCAUGCAUGUCCUCUUUGUGGUUUGAAGAAUGGAUGCACCUGUUCUGCAUUUGCGGCGUUGAGGGAGACCAAUGCUGCUCACGGGCUUUACAGCCUUUCCCAGCCAUGCAGGCUAGAACCCUACCAGGGUAUUGGCAGGCCUGGGGAAGUCGCAAAACAACAGUGUAAGCCAGAACAACCCAAGAGCCAUAUUCUGCAAAGCAGCAUGGGAAGGAUUAAAUAAACUAAAUAAAACCAGCUCAGUGCAGAUACAUGAAUGAAAGACAUAAUUUAAGGGAAAAAAAAAAAAUCAAUGCCCAAAGCAUUAGUCAUACUUCCAAUAAAGAAUUGUGCCGUGUGUGGAUCAUUUAGUCCAGAGGGGUAUGUAAGGAACCAGCAUGAUUAUGAGACAUACCUACGAAGAAAGUGUCAAAGAAUUGGAAACAUCCUCUCUAUUGAAGAGGCGAGGGUUGAAUUCAACAAGGAUUUGUGGAGUACCUGCUCUGCGCUUAGCCCUGAGCUGGGGACACAAGACUCGUCCUACUCUUGAGGAAACUACCAGACUGGCUGUGGCUAAAUCACCUGUCCUAGUGGGUCCAGACUGCCCAUCAGGCAUGGAGGCAGCUGAGCAGCACAUUCUCCCCAGGAUUCUAAAGACCCGCACUCAAUGUGGGUAAUCAGGCCAAAGUCGAGAGCCUUUUGCGAUGAGUUCACUGAGGUUGUUGCCAAGGGAACCACCAGUCUGUCCAGGGUAACUGAAGGGAUGUGCUUGGACAGCAUCACCACUGCACAUAAUAAGGGAGACUACUGGAUGGUCAUGGCUGGUUCAGAUAUGGCAGAACAUCCCUGCUGAGGGCCCAGCAAACCUUCCUCUGACCCACUGUCCAGCGCCCUGCACUUGAACUUAUAAAAAUGUCGUCAGCUCCCGUGUGUGAGAAACACCAUGAUUUGCACCGUGCAUGGGUCUCAUUCUUAUGCCAAUGUGUCACCCUGUGUUUAUCUCCUGAGCAUUUUUCCUUGGUAUACUGUCCGGUAGUAAUAGAAUAUAAGACAUCAUGGGGCCAUCUUUGUUAUGUUACUUCCAAAAUGUGGGAUCCAGCUGCUGUCAAUGUAUUAUUUGUAUUGUGCUAAUCUCUCCUCUUCAUUCUGUCACAGAGAAGAGCUGAUACAUAUCAUGGACUCACAAGCAGACCAUAGUAAUUGAGGGGUGGGUGGGAGACCUUUCUGGGAGGGACUGAAGAGCAUGAAUCCUUGUCCUCCUCACCCCCACCAGAAUUCAAAGACACACUGGAAUGUCCUUUCUCUUGGAAGGACUAAGAGGACUCCUGGGAAAAGGGGACUCAGGAGCUGACCUCAUUGACCUGGUUUUCGAGAAGAGUCCUGUAAGUGGAAGGGUUCAUUCCUGAGGUUUCUGUUCUCCAACCCAGGAUCCUGGAAAGAACUUCCAUUCAUAAAUAAAGUAUGUGUUUGACUCUCUCGUGAUUCUGUCUCAUC